AUGUUAGAGCCACUAACGCUGACCCUACCUACACAACCUAUCUUAUCCUAUCCUAUCCUAUCUAUCUAUCUAUCUAUCUAUCUAUCUAUCUAUCUAUCUAUCUAUCUAUCUGUUUAUUUCAGUUUGUUCAUAUCUAUCUAUCUCAGUUUGUUUAUAUCUAUCUAUUUCAGUUUGUUCACAUCUAUCUAUCUAUCUAUCUAUCUAUCUAUCUAUCUAUCUAUCUAUCUAUCCCAUUCUGUUUCAUAUCUAUCUAUCUAUCUAUCUAUCUAUCUAUCUAUCUAUCUAUCUAUCUUGUUUCCUUUAUUCUUUUGCCUUUCCCCACCCCUUUCUUCUGCAACGAUCAAACUGAAUUUAUACGUGGUAUCGUUUUUGUCUUGCUUUCUUUCUUUCUUUCUUUCUUUCUUUCUAUUUUCAUCCUAUAAAAUUUCUAGCUUCUUUUCUUCUUCGCAUUCUUUCUUUCAUUGGUACUAUUUCCUUUCUUUCUUUCUUUUUUUUAUAUCUUUUUUCUUCAUCUUUGUUUUCAUUUUCUCUUUUUACUUUUUUCUCCACUCUAUUCUACAUCACCUCCCCUUCUUUACUCUUACGCCAACUUUCCUCUUACGAGACGUUCUUUUUUACUGUUUCUCUCAUUUCGCAUUUCACAAUGUUCCUUGCCUCUUCUUUACUCUUCCUCCCACUGAUGUUCACCCAUCCUUAUUAAUUCUGUCACUUCACCCUUCCAUUGUCACCAUUCCCUUUUUACUUUUUCAAAGUCCAGUUUCUUGUGUUUUAACUUCCUCUUUCUUCUUCUUCUUCCCUUGUUUUAGUCUUUCUCUCACUUCGCAGUUUCCACUCUCUCCCUUUGACCUUUUCUUCUCUUUAUUUUAUUUUACCACCGUUCUGUCUUUCUUCCUCGUACUUCCAUUUUCCGACAUGUUCGCUUUUUUAUUCUUUCAUUCUUUUCCCUCCCCAUUGUUCCUUUUUUCGUUACUCCUUCUUAGCCCUUCAACCGCUAUUUUACCCUUCUUUCCUACUCUUCCUACCAACCAUUUCCUCCUCCUACUCCUACCAAUUAUUUCCUCCUUCUACUCCUCCUCCUACCAAUUCUUUUCUCCUCCUCCUACAAAUUCUUUCCUCAUCCUCCUACCAAAUCUUUCCUACUCCUCCUACCAAUCAUUUCCUCCUUCUGCUCCUACCAAUUCUUUCCUCGCUCUACUCCUCCUCCAACCAAAUCUUUCCUACUCCUACCAAUUCUUUCCCCCCUCCUACCAAUUCUUUCCUCCUCUUCCUCCUCUUGUCAAUUUUAUCCUCCUCUUAUUCCUACCAAUUCUUUCCCCCUUCUACUCCUCCUCCUACCAAUUCUUUUCUCCUCCUCCUACAAAUUCUUUCCUCCUAAUACUACUCCCACCAAUUCUUUCCUCAUCCUCCUACCAAAUCUUUCCUACUCCUCCUACCAAUCAUUUCCUCCUUCUGCUCCUACCAAUUCUUUCCUCCUUCUACUCCUCCUCCAACCAAAUCAUUCUUACUCCUACCAAUUCUUUCCUCAUCGUCCUACCAAUUCUUUCCCCCCUCCUACCAAUUCUAUCCUCCUCCUACUCCUACCAAUUCUUUCGUCGUCCUCCUUUUCCUACCAAUUAUUUCCUCCUACUACUUUUACCAAUUCUUUCCUCCUUCUGCCAAUUCUUUCCUCUUCCUCCUCUUACCAAAUCUCUCUUCACUCAUAUUUCCUCAAUUCUUUCUUUCUUUCUAUUCAGAAAUCUCUUUCUUUCUUUACAGGAAUUUCUUUCUUACUCUUCUCAUAUUUGUUUUCUUUUUUUUUUCUUUCUUUCUUUUCCAACCACCUGUUCACCUAGCACCAUUGUUUCAUCUUUACCAUUUUUUCUACGACAAAAAGCACCUGUUAUUUUUUUUCUAGAAUUGAUUUCUUUUGUUCUUUUCUAA